GGAUUAAGGUGUUUCCCAACUUCCAAAAGGCAGGAAAUGUUGGGAGGAGCCCAGAUAUUUUGGAAAAUAAAACCUGGCUGAGCUCAUAGCACAUCCAAGGGGAAAAUCCUAGGGAAUGAUUUUUCACAGGACACAACCACAGCACUCGUUUUCCUUGCAUCCCUCUUCAGUGGGGUGUGGAUGUGGAAGAGCAGAAUUCCAUGAUUUUGGAGCAGGAUCCAGACCCACAUGUGGGUGUGUAGGUGUGGAGGGAGGUCACUAGAAUUCCAUGAUCUCAGAGCACAGAUCCAGACCCAAACCUUCUCCUUUAUUUCCAGGUCCCGUUGUGCGAGGCCAACUCUCCAGGCAGCUCUCCAGGCACUGCAGCCUUCCAGGAAGCUCCUGGCUCAGCCUUCCUGUUCCUGAGCCUUCAGAACCAGAGCAGAGCCCCAAAAAACCCAUGUCCUCCUCCGAGCCCAUCCUGGACCUCAAGGGAGACACGGUGGAAGCCCUUCCAGAGAACCUGGGAGGAACAGGGCAGCAGAGCUCCUGCCCACCACGGGACACUCCAGGGGGAGGACAGUCCCUGGAACACAGGGAGCCAAUGCCAGCAGCCCUCGAGGACGCUGCGGAGCCGAGGGAGAGCCCCGGGAGGAGGCAGGAGCCGGCUGAGCCCACCCCCGGCAGGGCCGCCCAGCCCGAGGGGAAGGAGCCCAGCCCCAGCGGGUCCCCGCCGUGGCCAGAAGCCCCCGAGGAAAGCCCAGCCCGGCCCAGCACCCUGGACUUGGGCAGCUCCCUGCAGAGGCUGGAGGGGCUGAAGCCGGCGGGGCAGCGGCGGGGCAGUGACCGGGCAGCGCUCGGGGACAACGGCGGGGAGGCCACCAUGGGCAUCGCCACCAUGGCCAUCACCAUGGCCAGCAGCAUGACCACCAGCACGGCCACCACCAGAGCCACCACCACGGCCAGCAGCAUGACCACCACCAUGGCCACCACAACGGCCACCACCACAGCCACCACCACAGCCACCACCACGGCCACCACCACGGCCACCACCACGGCCACCACCACGGCCACCACCACGGCCAGCAGCACAGCCACCACCACAGCCACCACCAGGGCCAGCACAACAGCCACCACCACAGCCACCACCACAGCCACCACCAUGGCCACCACCACGGCCACCACCACGGCCACCACCACAGCCACCACCACGGCCACCACCACAGCCACCACCAUGGCCACCACCAUGGCCACCACCACAGCCACCACCACGGCCACCACCAGGGCCAGCAGCGAGGAGCGCCGGGCCCUGCAGUCCGAGCUGGGCAAGUGCAUCGAGGAGUUCCGCAGGAUCCGGAUCCCGGCCGCCUUUCCCAACAAAAAGAGGCAGUGGCAGAGCGAGCUGCUGAGGAAGUACCAGCUCUGAGAGCAGCCCUGGCUCCCACCCAGGAAUGAUCUCUCCAGGCUGGUGGGUGGCUGUCCCAGCGGGGCACGGCUCCUCCACGCUCCCAAGGAGAGGAGCAGAGGUGGCUCCUGGAGCCCAUCCAGAUGUCGAAAGGGUCACAAGCCUGUCCCCACCAUGGCCAUGGAGGGGAUGCUCCAUGGCCUCCGGGGCACAGGCACAGCUGGAGGGGGUCGGACAAGGAAGGAUGUUCAGGGUGGUGUUCAGCAGCAGCAGAAAUUCCCACAUUUCUGAGACUGAGUUUCCCUGGCAUUUCAAACAAUAAAAUCAAGUUGGUGUCCGAA